AUGGAGGACAGUCGCUAUCACGUAGGAUUCUUCAGACGUACCACUCAGUUACUUUCUCGAUGUGGAAUUGAAACUCAUGGCAUCAUGCCGGUGCCAGCAGAGGAACGUCUCGAGACUCGGUGGUACCAGUUGUUUUUCAUUUGGUUCUCCUCUUGCAUGAAUAUAUUGUCAUUCAGCACUGGCGCUGCUGGCCCUGCAUUUUUUUCCCUGGGAGUUUGUGACUCCAUAGCUAUUAUCGUCAUUGUUGACCUAGUAUGCUGUUUACUGCCAGGAUUCUUUGCUGUUUUCGGGCCAAAGCUUGGCCUGCGAGCUAUGGUACAAGCGAGGUACUCAUGGGGGUAUUUCGGUGCCAUCAUACCGGCCGUCUUGAAUGUUUUCUCCUCGGAAGGUUUCCUUAUUCUGAACUGUAUUAUUGGCGGACAAACGAUAGCCAGCUUGUCUUCUCAACUUAAUGAUACUCUUGGUAUCGCCAUCCUUGGUAUCAUAUCUCUUGCGGUCACUUUCUGUGGAUACCGUAUUAUCCAUUGGUACGAGAGUGUGGCAUGGAUCCCAAAUGUGAUUGCUUUUAUCGCCAUGCUGGCUGUCGGUUAUCCACAGCUACGCGAAAACCUAUCGGCCCCUGUCCCUCCAGCAACACCCGCUAAUGUCAUAUCUUUUGCGUCCAUUCUCGCAUCUAACAUGAUCGGCUGGUGUCCCAUGAUUCCUGACUAUGGCGUAUACCAUAGCCCUGACGUUUCUUCUGCGAGAAUUUUUAUUUACACGUAUCUUGGGUUCUUCGUGUCUAAUGUGACUGGUCAGGCUCUGGGUGCCGCAUUCGCAGCAGCAGCUCCGAGCGUGCCUGCUUGGAAUGCAGGAUUCGAUAACAGCUCUUCCGUCGGUGGCUUGUUACACAGCGUCUUGUUACCUACAGGCGCAUUUGGAGAAAUCCUGACUGCUUUGGUCGCUCUCAGCAUAUCUAGUGCCUGUGCACCAACGAUAUAUACGUUCAGCAACAGUUUCAUGGCCAUUUCUACGUGGUUUGCUGCGGUGCCCAGAUGGGUAUAUAUCCUCAUGUCAGAGGGAAUUCUGAUACCAGUGGCCAUUGUUGGUUCCAAAAAGUUUUAUGCUACCUUUGUUGACAUCCUUAGUACAAAUAUCGAUGGAUAUUGGACAUCAGCAUUUUCUGCGAUAAUACUCACAGAGCAUAUGUUAUUCCGACGAGCCUUGUUUUCUGAGGACCAAUAUCCCGUCACGACUUGGGCUUCAUAUGCUUUCUUGCCUAGCGGUAUCCCCGCGGUAGUGGCCUUUGUGUGCGCGUGUGGAGCUGUUGUUCCAUUCAUGUCACAGGCUUGGUAUGUAGGACCAGUAGCGAGGCAGGGCAGUGGAGACGUUGGUGUGUUUGUAGGGUUUGUGGUCGGAGCUAUCACCUAUGCGUUGGCGAGGAGUUUCGAGAAAAUACUAUACAAGAAGAUGGGUAGAGCAGAUGCUUACUAG